AUGAGUGAUCUGGACAGGGCGAUCGCUCAGCUGCGAGCAUGCCGGCCAAUACCAGAAUCAGACGUCCGCGAACUCUGUCAUAAGGCACGAGAAAUCUUGAUUGAAGAAGGGAAUGUCGUCACAGUUAAUGCGCCGGUAACGGUAAUAUGCGGAGAUAUUCAUGGCCAGUUUCACGAUUUGAUGGAACUAUUCCGCGUCGGCGGCGAUCCUCCCGAUACCAAUUAUCUGUUUAUGGGCGAUUUCGUUGACCGCGGCUUCUACUCGCUCGAAACUUUUUUACUUCUUCUCUGCCUCAAAGUUCGAUACCCCGACCGCAUGACGCUCAUUAGAGGCAACCACGAAUCACGACAGAUUACGACGGUGUACGGGUUCUACGACGAGUGCUAUAGGAAAUACGGCAGUGCAAACGUGUGGCGCUACUGCUGCGAUGUCUUCGACUAUCUUGCCUUGGGCGCUAUCGUUCUCGGGGCCUCCAACACCAUCUCACCAAGUGCCGGGGAAUCCAGUAUACCAACAACACCUGAAGGGGACGAGGUGGAAAUCGAGGUGUGCAACGCACAAGGCGAAGUGAUGAGCAGGUUUCCUCGACCCAACAACGGAACAAACAACGAUUUACAGAGCAGGACCAACGGAAUACCACCACCGAGUAAUACGGGCCCCCCUGGUUCAGGGGCAUCGGGAUCAAGCAGAGGAACAGUGGGCAACCCAGCCGGCGCCGUCCUAUGUGUGCACGGCGGUCUCAGUCCACUGAUAGACAAGGUUGAUAAGAUCAGGCUUCUCGAUCGAAAGCAAGAGGUUCCUCAUGAGGGUGCUAUGUGCGACCUUUUGUGGUCUGAUCCGGACGAGAUUGACGGUUGGGGGUUGUCGCCUCGUGGUGCCGGCUUCCUGUUUGGAGCCGAUAUCGUCAAGGUGUUCAACCAUCGCAAUGACCUCAGUCUGAUUGCCCGUGCCCAUCAGCUGGUCAUGGAAGGGUUUAAGGAGAUGUUCGAUGCCAGCAUCGUUACCGUUUGGUCGGCGCCAAAUUACUGCUACCGAUGCGGAAACGUUGCUGCACUUCUUGAGUUAUCGGAAGACGACUCGGGUUUGGGCGUGCUCGCCCGCAGUAACGGGGAUGUCAAUCGCAGUGAUGGCGGUGGAGGAGGGCUCGGGGACAGUGAGCCGCAACCGAUGAAGGGUCCAGCAAGGCGCUACCGCGUCUUCCAGGCGGCCCCUCAGGACUCAAGGGGCAUGCCGGCUAAGAAGCCGGUUGCCGACUACUUUCUGUAA